UCCGGUAGAGAGGAGCUGUGGCGGGGCUUGCUGGGAUCAUGGCGGAGAAUCAUUGCGAGCUGUUGCCGCCUGCCCCGGGCGGCCUCGGGGCGGGGCUGGGGGGCAGCCUGUGCCGCCGCUGUAGCGCGGGACUCGGCGCCUUAGCCCAGCGCCCCGGCAGCGUGUCCAAGUGGGUCCGGCUCAACGUCGGCGGCACCUACUUCCUCACCACUCGGCAGACGCUGUGCCGGGAUCCGAAAUCCUUCCUGUACCGUUUGUGCCAGGCCGACCCCGACCUGGACUCGGACAAGGAUGAAACAGGUGCCUAUUUAAUCGACAGAGACCCCACCUAUUUUGGGCCUGUGCUGAACUACCUGAGACACGGAAAGCUGGUCAUUAACAAAGACCUUGCCGAGGAAGGGGUGUUGGAGGAAGCAGAAUUUUACAAUAUCACCUCACUAAUAAAACUUGUAAAGGACAAAAUUAGAGAACGAGACAGCAGAACAUCACAGGUGCCAGUGAAGCACGUGUACCGUGUGCUCCAGUGUCAGGAGGAGGAGCUCACGCAGAUGGUCUCCACCAUGUCCGACGGCUGGAAGUUUGAGCAGCUGGUCAGCAUUGGCUCUUCUUACAACUACGGGAGUGAAGACCAGGCCGAGUUCCUCUGCGUGGUCUCCAAGGAGCUGCACAACUCUCCGUACGGCACGACCAGUGAGCCCAGUGAGAAGGCCAAGAUUUUGCAAGAACGGGGUUCAAGGAUGUGAGGAACACAGUGUUGACAGCUGAAGAGACGUUUUACCUUUUCCCAAGAUGCAAUGAUCUGCCAUAUCGAGGAAGCUUGGCCGUGAGAAGAAACCUGCUUUGACAAUUUCUCUAGCGAUCUGGGUGUGAAUCCUUUUUUUGCCUCUGAGGUGGGUGGUGAGAGACAGGACCAGCUGUCUGAGGCCGGGCGUCGCCACUCAGAGGCGGCAUGCUGCCUGGGCGGGCGUCUCUAAAGGGACCUCCGCUUGGUUUUCACAAGUGCCGCUUGGGCCUGAGGCAGGGCGCUCCUGACUGACCCUUUAAUCACCGAAGAUCAUUUAAAGGACAGCGUUCUUGGUGCUACAUAAACAGUCUGUAACGGA